UUCCUCAGGCCUGCAAAGGAGAGACACAAGCCCCACCCGCAACACCGUCUUCCUCAUCUCCCCCGCAGCUCAGCCGGUGUCAGCAAUGGAGAUGGGGAAGUUCGCCUGCGCCGUCCUCGUCGCCGCCGCCUCGGCCACCGCUGCUUUGGCGGCCGAUGCACCCGCCCCCGGCCCCGGCCCCGCCAGUGCUUCCUUCGCCGUCACUCCCGCUGUCGGCGCCGUGAUCGGGGCCUCCCUCCUCUCCUUCUUCGCCUUCUACUUGCAGUAGCCUCAUAGGAAGAAGCGAAGGGGAAGCCUCAUCGUUCCUAUUGCUGUAUCUCUUUGUUUCUUCUACUCCCAUUUCCUUCCUUGAAAGCUGAGCAGUGGAUUGUUCGCGUGAAUGUGAUCGGCGAUCGAGUUUAAUGCAAUAAAAGAAAUGUUAGCUGAGCC